AUGCAAAUGCUGCUCAAUCCUCAAAAGAAGAAGGCUUUCUUCUCAGGGAGAGCUCGUGAUGCUGAAGCUGGAAGUUCUGCUGUUGGUGAUCCUUCUGCAUCUCUUCCUUCCAAGAUGAGAAAACUCAUAUUUGAUCUGAAUGAAUUGGCCAAAAUAUGGGAUAUACCUAUCUAUGAAUUAAGAGAGAUCGUGAUAGAUAAUAAUAUUGUUAUUCGACAAAAGAAAGAAGCUACAAAAGGAGAACAUACGUCUGCCAAACUUGCUCAAGCUCUUGCUUCCGUUGAUGGAAGUGUUGAUGUUCAACGAAUUAUUAAGCCAAGAAAAUUCAUCUCUUAUAAUAUUGUGAAUAAACAACACAUGGUUUCAGACCUGAAUGAUCGGAAUGACAAAUAG